AGCAGGUCUUGCUAUUCACUGGUGAGAAUAGCAGAAUUAUCUCACCAGUGCAUUGCCCAAGGAGACUAGAGUAGGAAUGGUUUCAAGCUGAGCCAGCAUGGAACAGUUUUUGUUGUCUCGCUGGAAGAAACUGCCAGCUUUCACCAUGGCCACAGCUCUCCAGGACAUCUUCCUGUGGAACCAGCUGCUAGGAUCAACCUAAGACUUGCAGGCACAGCAAUGGAGAACUUGAAUGUCCCACUCCCAGAUCUUACUGAAGAACAGCAAGAGACCUUCCAGAAGGUUUUUCCUGCUGAUGCCAAUUACUUGGAGAAUCAUGAGAAAUCAAACCAGUCCUUCUGGGAAUCAGUUGUGAAAUGUUUAGCCACCACUGACCCACCUAUCCUGAAUACUGAAGAAAAGAACAGUCUGCUCAGCAGCUGCAGCGUCCCGCCUGGAGGCUGUGCAGCCUGCCUGAGAGCUGUACAGAAGAGAGGAGUCAGGGCGAUGGCUGUCCUUUACCUCUUGUUGAAGACAACUGACCCAUCUGGAUAUAAGCAGCUGCCCAGCUCCAAGGGGAAGGAUGAAAAAUUGAAACUCCUGAAGCAAUUAGAAAGGAACCUCCUGCUUUCACAAGAGGAAAAAAAGGCUGAAAACUCAUCCCAUGAGCCCAUGGAUGAAGAUACACAAGACAGCGAUGGGGAAGAUUUAGAAAGACAGAAAACUGAAGGCCAGUUACUUGACGGCAGACCAGCAGAGGUUGUUCCCUACAGAGAUUCCGAGAUCAGCAGAAGAGGAGAUUCGAUUGCAGAUGGUAAAGAAAAACUAGGGAACAGAAGUCUUUCUCGUGGAUGCUGUUUCUCAGGACUGAGUUUUCUUAGUGGUGAUAGCUAUACCAGCCCCUUGAUACCGAGAUAUUUCCUAUUCAAAAAGUAGAAGUUUGAAAAUAGUUAUUAAAAGGCACUGUAAUGCUUUAAUAGGAGAAAUAGGGGGCAAACCAUUGCAUGGUACAAAACUACAGUUGGGACAGAGUAGUACAGUGGAGGCAAAGUAACACAGAAGAGAUACUUGUCAAGUAUGAACUGAUGUUCUUAUAAAUUCUGAGGCUAUAGAUUGUUCAUACCACUGCAUAGAGGAACGUCUGUGAGUCAGAAUAGUGCAAAUGCUAUGUUAACAGUAAUAAUGAAAUAACUGAGUUUGUCUCCAAACCAGAACUUGAUCAAUGCAGACUGUUCAAAGAAUCAAAACUUUAAUAAUGUGACUCCAAUGUCAGGUGACCCAGAACGGAAUUUCUUGGCAAAGUUUAGUUACUACAGGGUUCAAAACCACUAUAGCAAAAGCCUGUAGCUCAUUUGGAGUACAUUUCCAUAAAUGUCCUGUUACAUCUUUAAAAUAAAUUAAAUUCACUGUCAGGCAGUGGUUGCCUGGAUGCAGGGUUCAGCGUAAGUGAAAUCAGCCGCCAAAACGUGGGAUGAAUCAGCUCCCAAAGGCUUAUAUGCAGCAGCCUAAGGCUCUACUCAAGUGAUCAAUAAACAAAAAGAGGAAAAAAACCUUCUGCCUUGAACACGUCAUUGUAAACUUGGUAAAAUAUUCAGCUCCUUCUGACUUUUGACAAUACAACUGGAGAAAGAACAGAAUUUGGCAUCUCUGCUCGCAACUGGUGCAGAGCAAAAUGCUCAGUAUUUAAACCUCUAAAACUAUCUAGCUUGCUCUUGUUCUUUCCAUGCAUCAGUAAAGUUAUCUAUAGGAGACUAAUUGCCAGCUCCAGCUGUUCAUUUGGGGAUGCAGAAAUAAAUACUUCAGCAUUAGGCUUGAGGAGAUUGAUGGUGCUUAGUGAUGAAGAUGGUCUUAUUAUUGUAGCUGUGAUCGUGCAAAGCACCCAAGAAUCAAACUGCAGCUCUCUUGUGCUGCUGCUUUACUCUCCUGUUGUAAUUCUGAGACUAGUCAUUGUUCCAGACUAGAUGGAAAAUGGUCCUCUAAGACAAUUCUCUUUUGUUAAUGCAGCCAGCUGAUUAUGCUUUUUUUUUAAAAAAAAAAGAAAAAAACCAAACAAAAACCCACCAAGUGCCCCCCAAAAACCAUCCCCACAGACACUCUUUGGGGGUGAUUUGAAAAUUGCUCAUUUGCUCUUUCUAGAAGGCUCACAGAUCUUUCCUUCAAACAAACAGUUUUACAGAUAUUCUGCUCUGAGAACAGAUUUCAGAUACAAACACGGAAAUAAACUCAAAAUUCCUUAAUUUCAGAGUUCCACAGCAAUGAAAGACAUUUCUGUUUUUGUAGCGUAUGAGAACGGCAGUGUCCAUCGGUGGGCUGUGCGGUGGAUGGGCAUACGGAAGGAUGAUGAAUUCUUUCAUUUUGUCAUUCUCUGCUUUGCAACUGGAGCUUUACUGAUCUGCUACUACUACUACAAAGACUGGACAAUUUCUCUUGGAACUGGUUUAAUCACCUUUGCUUCCCUGGAAACCACUGGGAUAUACUUUGGCCUUGUGUAUCGAAUUCGGAGUGUACUCGACAGUUUUGUUCCUCUGAUUGGCAAAUUCAAGCUAACAGGUAUGAGGAAAGCUGCCUAGGAGGAGCAUUUCAGGAGUUCCACAAAACCCUGUCUUUGAAUUUCUAGUAUUAAAAGAACUGCUUUAUGUGGCAAACACAAAAACAUAAUGGCUAGUGUGAAAUAUUUAAAUGUUACACCAUGGAAAGACAUCAUUCCCUCCUCUCAAACAAAGCUGAAACUGCGUCGCAGGGUCCCAUUCUUCCCUGUGAAGUGAUUCGGGGCUCAGCACAGCUCAUGAGACAAUCUAGAUGUAGGCUUAUAUUUAAUUCUAUUAAAUAUAAACACAUUCUCCUUCCUUCCCUCCACGUUCCUCUGCCUGUCGCGUAUCAAAACUAACAGAAUUACCAAUAUUAUCCUCUGCUGGUUCUGGAUUAGAGUCUGGAUGUUCCAGUAGGAAUCUUGGCAACCACAACCCACCUCCCCUCCACCCCUUGUGAUGCUGCAAGCCGGGCAAACACCAGCUGCUUGCUUACACAGUUGAGCCCCAACAGUGCAACGGCGCUGAAGCAGAUUAAUUUAUUGUGACAGAACUCAAUAUAGCGGGUGUAGAACGAUUUCACCCAGUGAAAGCUGGGUGAGAUUUUACAUGCAGUGACAGAAUGGUGCAGUAAUGAGAUUAUUAACAGCAACAAGUUUCAUCUCUUCUUCAGAGGGGGAAAAAAUAAAGUGCUUAAAGUGAUUCAAGCCCCACCAUUUUUCUUUAAGUGAAAUAAAGUGAAACUCUGACAUCCCUUUCAUUUUAUAGGGACAGGUUAUGCACUGUGUGUGUAGGGCCAGUGCAGUCACAGGCAAACUGCAAGAAAACAGCAUUCCUUUAAAUUUUUAGUAGAAAUAGAAGUUCUUCGCAGCCAUAGAAGGAUGAAGGCGUCAAGUCAGACCCGAAGAAACAUAAACCAUGAAAUUGUCAGGAAAUGUAGAUCUAAAAGCCAUUAAUCCAAACUCUCAGUUCUAGAGAAGCAAUUUCAAACCUUACUUGAAACACUUACCUUUUAGUUGUACCCGAUUUUAAAUUUUAAUCGCCAGUGGUGACAGUUCUCGUGUGUUGCGGUUCCAAAUGCACGUCUAGGAGCAUCAGCAAUUGUAUGCAGGCCUGUCCCAACAUGGCACAGCAGUUACCUAACAUGUCAGGGGUUAAAUGGAGCAAUAAGGAUGAAUACAAGGUAUUUUGUAAUAUCUAUAUAUACUAUUUACAUGUAUUUAUAGAAAUAGCAUGUCAUACCAAAAUACUGUAUAGUUUGUAUUGUCUCUAUGCAAAUAAAUUCUUGCUCAGAUCAGUGUAGCAUUAUUGAUGUCAAAUGGCUUUUCGGUGAAAACUAUGCAGAAUCAUCCUGUCUUGAUGAAAAUGGCUUUUUCACUUACGCCUGCUCAGUGGAACCAAUCAUGCAAGAUGAACACCUCACCCAGUUUAGAGCAGCUCAUGUGAAAGUCAAUUCCAUAGGAAAAGAGCAACUUACACCUCUCAGAUAUCUGGGAAUUCCCUGUUCUUUCAGAUCCUUCUUGAGUCCGUCUCAGCAUUUUAUCCUGCCUCCUGCCGCGCAUCAAUGCACUCAUCCUAGUCUCAUGCACCACCCUCGCUGCAGGACUGGCCAAGCACUCAAAAAUACAAGUUCCUAUAAAGAGUUUCACCCUCCUUAAAUGCGCUUGUGCUCACUGAGCUACCACUCUCCGAGUGCAGCAAGUCCCUGCAGCACCCAUGGCUCAUCACUCAUUCCGCAGCUCUGCUGGGCUUCCACCUCCUGCUGCUGGUUCCCCAGGACCUGGAACAUCUCCUUCCAUUUUGACACGUUGCAGCCUAUCCGGUACUUCCUUCUUGUCUUUGGUUUUAAACGGAUUGGGGGGGGAUGAAGGAGAGAGGAGGAACUGGAGCCAUCCUCCUCCUGCAACACAUGUUCCUGCUCUUCGCUACCUAAUGCCUAACAUUUCUCUCCAGAAGAGGAGCCAAUGAACUCUCUGCUGGCAGUGAGGGAGUAACUCUAUUUACUCCCUUCAUGACAGGAUUUUAAUCUUCUGCAGUGAAGUUGGACCAAACAUUGAACAAAAGUUACUCGACCCACUCGUGACUGCAAUGCCCAACAU